CCCAACCCAUAUUAAAACCCCAGUGGCCACUGCCAUUGGUUGUUAUAACAGAAACCCUAGACCAUCAAUUUGGACUCUUUGAACUCCGAAUCACACACAAUUCAGCGGCAUUUGCACCGGCGAACGAGCUACUGCGAUGGUUAAGUACUCAAAGGAACCGGACAACCCUACCAAAUCUUGCAAAGCAAGGGGAUCAGAUCUCAGGUGCCAUUUUAAGAACACUAGAGAAACUGCACAUGCUAUUCGUAAGUUGCCAUUGAUCAAAGCUAAAAGAUACUUGGAGGAUGUUCUUGUCCACAAACAAGCAAUCCCAUUCACACGCUUCUGUCGUGGAGUUGGGCGUACUGCACAGGCAAAAAAUCGCCAUUCAAAUGGACAAGGACGUUGGCCUGCUAAAUCUGCAAAAUUCAUUCUCGACUUGCUCAUGAACGCUGAGAGUAACGCAGAAGUGAAAGGAUUGGAUGUGGAUUCCCUUCACAUCUCCCACAUUCAGGUGAAUCAAGCACAGAAACAGAGGCGUAGGACAUAUCGUGCUCAUGGAAGAAUCAACCCUUACAUGUCUUCUCCAUGUCAUAUUGAGCUGACUUUGUCAGAGAAGGAAGAAGCUGUUAAGAAGGAGCCUGAGACUCAAUUGGCUGCAAAGAAGACCAAGUAAAGUGCAGCAUCAGUUUUGGAAGUCUAGUUUGUUAUGAGAAGGCAGUCAUACUUCCGAUUCAAUGAUAGGGAUGUGAGAAUCACAUGAGAUGUCUCAGUGUUUUGCCAUCAUAUUUUUUGCUUUUGAGGCCUUGAUUUAAUCAGCCUAAUUCAACAAAUCCACAACUUCAUUAUAUAAAUCUUAGAGUGUUUGUGCUGAUCUAUAACAGGUUAUGUUUAUUUUACAUAAAAGUGUUUUAUUUA